ACACUGAACAGGAAACUCAGGAUAACAUUGGGGUAGUGGUGUGAUCGCAAAAACGAACAUAAAAUUGGGAUACAAGGUGGAAAGUGCAUGUGCGUGUCGGCCGAAUUUGUCCGUUUACUUUUGGUGUUAGAAAAAUGUGCACAAUAAUUGGAUUUGGAUUUUGUUAUGAACCAUCUGGCUUUCAUUUUCCAUUCCACUAAUAACUUCAACAAGGUUCAAAAAGCUUAAUUUAUUUUAAGUGCCAAUGAAAAUUCGGUUUAAUUCUAUUGGAGUACAUGUUUGAAUUAAUAAGUGGAUUUUAUUCAACAAGUUCUAAAUAAAGAAGAUUGAUAUUAUGGAUAAAAAAUAAAUUUAAUUCUUUGCCACCACGUGUAACCAUUAAGCUGGAAGAAAAUUUCGUGUCGGAGUGAUAAUUUUUUCUAUUUCCCUACAAUCACGAUGGCAAUCAUAAGUGGUAUGAUGAGUUGUCGAUUGGACGUAAUUGGCGCAUUAUUGCUAAUGUUAUGCUGUUGCUUCAGUUAUGCACAAGGAGGCUGUCUCAGUUAUGGUCAUUCGUGCUGGGGAGGGCACGGUAAACGAUCGGGACCACCGUCUGGGCGAUCCAUCCCACGGUCUCUCCCGGUACCACCCAUGGUUCCUGCCGACAUGUGGUCUACCGUUGAACGAUCGAAAGCACCUGAGGGAAAAGGAACGUUUUAUGCAGCUCCUAACGAUAUUUAUUAUCAGCCACUAGGACGAGUAGUAAAGGCUCCUCCAGUUUCACUAGUGGACCUUCUGGGAGCGGAUUCGUCAUCAUCUACUUCUAUUGAAAAUGAUGAUGUGUCUUCGAAAUCAGACGAUGAUGAAAAUAAUGCAGAACCAAAUCUUAACGACCACGGUGUUUCACAGUCUCGAGAGGAUUUACUGCGACAAAGGCAAUUGAGGAGAAAGGCGGCACUAUUCGAAACUGCAUCCGGCGGAACCGGUAGCUCCAACGAAGAAGACGUUGGACAAUUGCUACUGGAUGUUGCCAUUCAGGACAGAAAAAAGGGUGAUUUGAUAAAGUUUCUCAAUGCUACGCCGUUCCGAAAACUCGACCGUAGCACGUGAAGCGAGCCAUCAACCACCCCUGACUAAAGUUGCUCUGGCCAUGAGUGUUGGAGAUAGGGAAACGCAGGACUGCUGAUAUACACUUUAAUCUUUAAGACGAUCAUUUGCAAAAUUUGACAAAGCGAAAGUUUCUGAAUAUUAUCAUCACCAUUAUCUCUAGUUCAUGUAGGAUUAAUAAUAAGCAGUAAUAAUGGCCUGUACAAGCGCGAGUGCUGCCUACUGCUGGGCUGGAAGUUUGGCAGAACUCGCGAAAACUCGGGAUGAAAAAAAAUCCAAUAACUCUCUGUUAGAUAUGGAUGUGAAUGCAUGCAUAAGUAGAUGCAAUCAAAGGGAAUGAAUUCUUCAACAUGACAUUUUGCAUUGGGGGCAAGCUAUUAUCAAGUCACAUAUUAAGUCAUCUAAUUAUGUUGUCAUAACACUAAGAAGUUUGGCGAUAUCUAUUUUACGAAACUGAAUAAAUGUAUGGCAAUUCAAUAGCAAUUUAUACGUUUUAUGUAAAUAAAAUAGUGCAUCAUUAUUCAAAACAUUUACUG